AGCACAACAAAACCUGUUGAAACGUGUUUUUAAAGCACGAUUUUAAUCAUUUUAAUACUUUUUAAUUUAACCAUUUACUUAUGUCAGCUAUAAAUCUGGGUUUAAAGCGCUUAAGAAACGGAAUCAACGUUACCUUUGUAUCUGUCAGCAACUGUUUCAGGAACUUCAAUAACUUACCCACAGACAUUCCCGAAGUUUCGAAGACUUUGAUCAAGAAAACUUUAAAAACCAACAAUGUGAACUUCGAGGAAGGUUUUACGUGUUUUAUUGCGCCUUGUUUAUUGUGCCAUAAAUGUAACAAAAACGCUAAAUUGUAUAUCAACAAAACAACGGGUUUUUUCUCGUGCAAUAUAUGCAUGAGGACGGGAGAAUGGAAUAUAUUAGAGACAUCGUUUAAAAAUAAAAAAGCUAAAAAAUUGCUAUUACAAGAAAACUCCGAUAGUACGAGUGAAAGGGAGAAACUCGAUAAUCUCCUCAAAGAAAUCCAAAGCACUACCAAUGAUGUUAGAAAUAUAGACGAAGAAGCUUUCCAAAGAAUAUUAAAGAAAUUUAAGCUACCAAACGUUUCGAAAACAGUAUUUGAGCACCUCGACGUGAAACUCAACGACAAACAAACCGAAAUAUACUUCCCAUUAGAAAACGCCGAAUCUCAAGUAAUCGGUUAUCGAAAGCUCCACAGCCGAUCCAUCGAAGCCACCACUUUACCGGAUACCUCCUGCGGUGGAGUCCUCACCGCGAAAGCCGUCAAAAACAAAGACACGGCCGUCUUGAUUCCCAACAUUUCGGAUCUUCUGAUACUAGCCAACUCGAAAAUUAAUGCAAACAUUGUUUGCUUACCCAAUGGAGUUAAUAACAUCCCUUUGUACACUCUACCGAGCUUCGAGAGGUUCAAGAAAUUAGUCUUGUGGCUCGAUAACGACAAUAAGAGUUGGAUGGCUAGCAGAAGUUUCGCUAAGAAAUUAGGAGAGAAACGAUGCCAGUUAAUCAGGCCUACCGAUAAGCAAUUGUUGCCUCACUUGGAUCCCGAUCAGGAUUUUAAAUCGAUCAUUUCUUCUGCUCAGCCGAUGUGGCAUAAAUCUGUAACCACUUUCUCAGCGUUGCGAGCCGAUGUGUUGUCCGAUCUUCGAAAUAUCGAUAAAGUACAGGGAGUCAAAUGGAAGAGAUACCCGACUUUGAACAAGAUCCUAAAAGGCCACAGGAACGGCGAAUUGACUGUAUUUACAGGCCCCACGGGUUGCGGAAAAACCACCUUUAUCAGCGAUUAUUCGUUAGAUUUAUCCAUGCAAGGCGUAAACACUUUGUGGGGCAGCUUCGAAAUACGCAACGCCCGUUUAGCGAAAACGAUGCUACAACAGCUCUCCGGGAUCCCCUUAGACGAGAAUUUAGAUUUGUUCGAUCACUGGGCCGAUGAAUUCGAAAAAUUGCCCAUAUAUUUCAUGACGUUUCACGGGCAACAAAGCAUCAAAGUAGUCAUGGAGGCGAUAGAACACGCGACGUACGUUUACGACAUCUCCCACGUGAUAAUCGACAAUCUGCAGUUCAUGAUGGGGACGUCGGAGGACCAAAGGCACAUGGACAGGUUCUGGAAGCAAGACGUGAUCAUAUCUUCCUUUAGGGAGUUCGCGACGAGGAGGAAUUGCCACGUGACGCUCGUCAUACACCCGAGAAAAGAGCGCGACGACGACGAAUUGACCACGAGCUCGAUCUUCGGAGGCGCCAAGGCAUCGCAGGAGGCCGAUAAUAUUCUCAUUAUUCAGGAUAAACGGCUGAGUUCGAUCAGGGGGAAGAAGUAUUUACAGGUGGUGAAAAAUCGUUACAGCGGCGAUUUGGGCAUAAUACCGUUGAAUUUCGAUAAAUCUAGUUUGAGUUUUCAACAGAAGAAAAUUAAGGAAAAAAGCGCCGAGCCAUUAGAUGUAUUCAAUUCAUCUAAUACACCCAAUCACGAGGACACAACCAGUUGAAAAUGUUUUGUAUAUUUUACAAACUCUUCUAGUGAGAAACCUUUUAGAUAUAUUUUGUAAUUCUAUCUACA